ACUUGUAUCCAUUAUGGUCGGUGAGAGUUGUGGCUACACACAUACAAAUGAACUGAAGAAGUUUAUUAUUCAGUUUGUUCCACAAUAUUAAAAAGCCAAGGAAGAAAAUUGAACAACCAAAAGAGGCUGAUACACUUAAUAUUUCUAUAGCAUUAUGAAUAAAUCAUCCCCAACACAGCUGAAACCACCAGAAUGUUCACAGUGUAGGAGCAGUGCAGAAUACUACUGCAGGACAUGUAAACAAGAUUUAUGUGUACCCUGUAAGGAGGAACAUGUAAUAGACUUUGACACAAAACUCCACAAUGUAGUGAUUGAUCGCUUAAAAUAUGGAGACUUUAUGUUACUAGAGACUUGUGAGAAACACCCAAACAUGGCCUGUGAAAUGUGGUGCCUUUUGUGUAAGCUUCCUAUUUGUUCUAACUGUGUAGAGCACGUAAGUCAUAUACCUCAGGAUAUAAAAUUGGUGUAUAAAAUUCAGCAAAAACAACACCAGCAAAGAACUGUUCUUGUAAAAAGUGAGAUCAUGCUGCAUAAUCGUGGUAUCCAGUCAGGAAUCAAUUCUGAUUUCAGAUCUUGUCAAACAGAAAUCUCCAAACUCCAGAAAAAUAUGAUAAUCAAAGCUGAAAGACUGAAGGAUCAGAUAGAUAUAGUAUUGGAAGAUGUUACAGAGGACACCAGGGUAAAACUAAAAUGUUACUUCAACUCUAAACAGAAACAGCAAAGAAGACGCAUAAGAUCCAUACAAAAACGUGUAUGCAUGACUGAACAGUUAGCAAACAGAGCGAUACAGUUUCUUUUAUUCUUUAAGGAAACCAAUGUUUUCAAUAUAAAUGACACUCCCAGUACAUCAAUAGUCACAGUUCACUCUCUGAGUGAGGAAAUCAACAAAGCUAAUGUUUUCAAUUGCCUGGGACGAAUCCAAGUUACAGAGACCAGAAAAAGAGAAGUAAGAAAUGAACAGAUAUAUAAAGUGGUGUCUCCACCAGUGUUACAGAAAUCUUUCAAGGUGAAGAGUAAAUGGUUUAUGUCUAAUUUUAUUGGUCAUAUUUCCUGUGUGACACCAGACACUGCCUGGGUCAGCAGUUGGAACGAUUUAAACUUGACAGACACAACGGGUGAAAGUUUACAUUAUCUUGACAUUAAAUAUAUCGACAUAAUCAAGGAUGGUGUACACACAGUGACUAGAGAAGGCAAUCUUGUAUACAUAGAUACGUAUUACAAAAUCAACAAACUCUCGUUGAACAAUAAAACUAAGUCUACAUUAAGGAUGAUAGCAGAACCUUGGAAACCAUUCUGUCUCUACUGCUCUCCCUUAAAUGGAGAUUUCCUUAUUGGGAUGAUGAGUUCGGAUACAAAUAAAGCCAAGGUAGGACGAUACAACAGUAAAGGACAAAAACUCCGACACAACCCAGGUCAGGAACUGUACGAUAAUCCCAGAUAUAUCACAGAAAACCUCAAUGGAGAUGUGAUUGUUUCUGAUUUGAAUAAAAAUGACUCUGGCUUAGGUGUUAUAGUGGUGACAGACUCUAUUGGAACACAUCGCUUCUCCUUCAAAGGAAAUUCACAAGGGUCAAAAUUUAGACCAUAUGGAAUUUGUACAGAUGCUCUGGCCCACAUCCUAGUUUGUGAAUCUUACAGCAGGACCGUACAAAUCAUAGACAAAGAUGGUCAGUUCCUGUCAGUGCUACUGACAGAAGAACAAGGAAUAAAAGAUCCAUACACCAUAAGUUAUGAUCACAGAUCACAUCUUCUCUGGGUCGGAUCAUGGCGGGACACUGUAAUCCAUAUAUACAGACAUAUACAGAAACGUGAAUAUCUUAGAGGGAAUUAUAUAUAAAAGUAAAUAAUGUAUAGGUACAGUACAGACACUUAAGGAACUAAUAAGUACAUGUACAUUUGAAAUUAUUGAUACAUAUUCAAGUACAUAUAACUCUCCCUUUUUAAUGAGAGCUAUGUCCAUGUAUACAUAGAUUACUAGUAAUAUUUUUAUACAAAUGGUGGUCAAACCUGAAAGAUGAUUCAUACUUUUUUUUUUUUUUUUUUUUUAAUUUUAUUUCCCAGACCUAUACUAUAACAUUUGAAUUCCCUACACGAAUCUUUAUGGCAGCUGCCAGGGAUGGGGCCCUGACUAAGCUCCAUCGAAA